UAUACUCACUUCACCUGCACAGACAUGGCUCCUUGCUCAUCCAACUACUCCUCUAUUCCCCACACCAGGAUCUCUGAGAAGGACAACAUCAAAUUAAGAAAACCUUUUGUGGAGAAAAUGCGGAGAGAUCGCAUCAAUAGCUGCAUCGAGCAACUCAAGAUCAUCCUGGAGAAGCAGUUUCACAAGAAGGAGCCCACCUCCAAGCUGGAGAAAGCCGACAUCCUGGAGAUGACUGUGAGCUUCUUGAGGCAGCAGCUACAGCCGCGCCUCUGUGACAGUGACUACAACCAAGGCCUCUCUAAGUGCUGGGAGGACUCGGUGCACUUCCUAUCUGCUGCACCCGACACAGAGGGCUCCGUCACUCCUCUGCAUGGCCUUCAGCGGCAGAAGCUCCAUCCGGCCCAGAGAGCUAGCAGCACCUCACCAGUGUGCUCCCCCCUCAGGCCCACCACGCUGCAGGACAGCAGCAGCAGCAGCAGAGGCAACGUGUGGAGACCUUGGUAGAGACUUUGACACACACGGACAGUCAGAGACUUGAGGGACGUCUCCCUCACUAUGUAGGAAAUAUAUUUCCAGCCUGCUCAUUCAUGAUGGGUUUCCUUACGGUCUCAUCACAUUGAUGGACGGAGAAGGAAAUGCGAAGGCUCUUACUUAUUUGCUUUGACUUUGAAUCACAUUUGAUGUUUGCUUUUCCUUUGAGUUUAAAGCUGGAGGUCGAUAUUGAGUGAUAUUCUUGUGAAAUAACGUUUGCUCCAGUGGAGUUUAUCUUUUGACUUCUUAAAAUGAUGUUGUCUGCCAU